CAUCAAUCCUCUGCAAAAUGCCAUUUCCAUCGCAAAUUACAGUUCUGGUGGCUUCUGUCAUUGUUGCUGCUGCCAUUCUGCUAUACAGAGCGGCUCUGCCUAAACCUAUCCCAGGCAUUCCAUACGAUGAAAAGUCUGCCACACGUUUAUUGGGCGAUGUCCCACGUGCGCUCAGUCACUACAAAAACACGGGCGAGAUGAUGUCUUUCCUCGCACAAAAAUGCCAAGAGCUCAACUCUCCGAUGAUUCAAGUGUUUAUGAGGCCCUUUGGUAGACCCUGGGUGAUUAUGUGUGAUGGGAGAGAAGCACAAGAUAUCAUGUCAAGGAGGGGACGCGAAUUCGACCGAGGAGACAUGUUUCGGGAUUUCUUUGCGGCAAUAAUACCGCAUCAGCAGUCUGUCCUGCCUACUAACGAUCAAUGGAGGCACAAUCGGCGUCUGGUAGCAGACACUAUGUCGGUUCCAUUCCUAAACAAUGUUGCUACAUACAGGGUCUACGAGAACACUAUUGAUCUCAUUGAUCUCUGGCGCCAAAAGCUUAGGCUGGCUCCGAAGCACGCGUUCGAUGUUUAUAAAGAUGUUCAAUACUGCACUGUAGAUACAAUUUGGGCUGCUACCUUCGGAUCGUCUCUUGGUAUAAGCAAGUCUCAGGCCGACUACUUAUCCAAUCUCGACCACAUUGCUCUUCCUCCUGAUAGCAAGAAAACUGUUGCCGAAAUACCAGAGGGGGAAUUCCCCGAGGGUUGGCAUACUUUGACUACCAUUGUUCGAAGCUUCGAAAUUCCCAUGAACUCCCCUCUUGGACGCCACCACCACUGGUUUGCUAUUAAAUUCUAUCCCUCUUAUCGCCGCGCGAUGGCAUCAAGAAACAGGUUAAUCGGCAGCAAGAUCGAACAAGCGUGGAACACCUUUGGACGUGGUGACGCAGCCGAUGAGGACAAAUUGAGGUGUGCAGUCGACCUGGUUGUCCAGCGUGAGGUCACCCUGGCCAAGAAACAAGGCAGGGCACCCGAUCGUGAAUCUAAGUUUCUUUUUGAUGAAAUGGCUGGCUUUCUCCAGGCUGGUUUCGAAACUACAUCAUCCACGCUCAACUGGGGGGUUAAGUACUUGACUCAAUACCAGGACGUCCAGAAAAAGCUACGAGCAAGCCUACGAGCUACUCACAAAGCGGCUUUCGACAAGGGAGAACAACCUGGUGCUGAGGAAAUCGCCAAAGCAAGAGAUGUGUACCUGGAAGCGUUCAUUGACGAGGUGAUGCGUCACUCUGGCAUUCUGUCAUCAAAUAUCCGCAAGGCUACCGAAGAUGUGGAGGUUUUGGGGUACCGUAUUCCAAAAGGCACGGAUUUAUGGAUGCUGACAAACGGGCCAAGCUUUCAUUCGCCUGCAUUCCCCAUUGAUGAGCAAAAACGCAGUACAUCAAGCCGAGAAUACAAAGGGGAUACUGAAAGAUGGAGCACCCACGAAGAUUUGGAGGUUUUCCGGCCAGAGCGAUGGCUGAAGAAGGAAUCCGACCAGGGCGCCGAAAAUGGCGGGAUAACUUUCGAUGCCCGCGCGGCCCCUCUUCAGACAUUUGGUGCUGGUAUUCGCGGAUGCUUCGGCAAGCGACUGGCAUAUCUUGAGCAGAGAGUGAUAUAUACCUUGAUGGUUUGGAACUUUGAGUUUCAGAGCAUCCCUGAAUCGAUGGGGGAUUUCGGGGCCAAUGACAUCCUGACACACACGCCGAAAUAUGUUCGAGUUAUGUUGGCGGAAGCAAAAUAGUGUCAUAGGCGGAUAUGUGGUACAUAGAAGGGUAAAUGUUGCAAUUUUAUAGCUGCACCCCAGUAUUAUAGUUGCAGACAUUAUCGUUGUCAACACUCUGUGC